AUGUGUCAGAGUCUUAAUGAUGAGGCUUCGUACUGCAAAUGGUGGCUUCCUCGUCCAACUUGCCUCGGCGGUGAUCAACCUUGUGGUGAUCAGACGGUGUGCACCUCCCAGACGUGGCCACCCGCGCCCACGCCUCCCCUACCAGCCGGUGCCCACUCCCACGAGUCUGCCUCCUGCAACACCUAUUGCGUUGGCCUCAAUGGCCCGUCUUCGUUCUGUAAGUGGUGGAAGAACGAACCCACAUGUCAGGGCGGCGAUCAACCUUGUGGCCCAUCCGAUUGCCCUACCGGUACCCUCGCUCCGACUGAAGGUCCUCCGGACUCCCAUGCUGGUCCGAGUCCUAACUGCGAUGCUUACUGCGCCGCCGCCAACCCCGGGCUUUCCGGUGAUCGCGUGUCCUAUUGCAAAUGGUGGCUCUAUGUACCUGUCUGCUACGUUGGUGAUCAGCCCUGCGGUCCAAGCGUCUGCAACAAUUAUGGGGAGACUACAACCCCGUCAACUGUUACUACUGCAGCGACAUCGUCUAUGAUGUCGACUAGCCAGGCCACCACUCCUGCUGCCCCUACGACGCAGGUGGCCACCACUAUGGUUACGACUACACAAGUGGUCACUACCGUGGGGCCGACUACUCAAGCGGUCACUACUGUAUCUCCGACAACUCAAGUGGUUGCCACUACCCAAACGCCACCCUAG